AUGGCUGGUUUGGUUGUAGACCUACCUUUGAAAUCUCAACAUUUAGCGAUUAAAGUUCACCCCUGUAAUUACAUCGACGACAAUAACCCUCAGCUCCGCCGUUCGGCGCCGGCCAACGCAAAUCAGUACGACGUCACCAGAUUCAUUGUCGUCGUAGCUUUCAUAUCGGUGUCAGCGCUCACGCUCAGCGCCAUUACCUUCAGCCUCAUAUGGUUCACCCUCAGAGAACAAACGCCUUCUCUUUGGCUCGAUUCGCUUUCUGUGCCGACAUUUGAUACCUCCGACAACUCCUCGUUGAUGGCCGUAUAUAUUAUCGGCCUCACCUAUAAGCAGACGAACAGCCGCUAUAAAAUUUACUACGAGCAGAUUGAUGUCGGCGUGUCGUACAAAAGAUUGUACGAACUGGCCAGUGCGACGUUGCAGGAGCCUUUCCGGUUGGGCAAGGAGACGGAGAAGUCUGUGAAUGUUACGGCGGAGGAUAGAACUCGGUGGUUCUGGCGGGAUUCGGCGUCGGAGGAGAUUAAUCGGGCUAAGGAGAAGGGAAAGGUGAGCUUCAAUGUCUUUGUGAGAGCGGCAGUGAUAUUUGAGGGUUCAUGGUGGAAAGAGCGGGGAGUAUUGGCACACACUUGUUCCGAUUUAGAGGUUGCCUUUUCGAAUACCUCCGGUAUCGGAAACUUGAUCGGUGAUAUACCAAGGAAGUGCACCAAAAUUUGGUAG